AUGUGGGAGCUCCUCCCUCUCUUGCUACUCACCCUGGCCUAUUUCUUCUGGCCCAAGGGCAAGUCCCCUGGUGCCAAGUACCCCAACAGCCUCCCAGCCCUGCCCUUGGUGGGCAGCCUUCCCUUCCUCCCCAGACAUGGACAUCAGCAUGAGAACUUCUUCAAGAUGCAGAGAAAAUAUGGCCCCAUCUAUUCCCUUCAUAUGGGAAGCAAGAAUACAGUGAUCGUCGGGGAGCACGAGCUGGCCAGGGAGGUGCUGGUCAAGAAGGGCAAGGACUUCACCGGGCGGCCCCAAUUGGUGACUCAAAGCAUCCUUUCUGACAACCAAAAGGGCAUUUUCUUUGCCGACCAUGGUGCCCAGUGGCAGCUGCAUCGGAAACUGGCACAGGCUUCCUUUGCUUUGUUCAAAGACGGCAACAAGAGACUGGAUGACAUCAUCUGUCAGCAAAUCAGAUUACUGUCUGAUUUCCUGGCCACCCAAGAUGGACAGUCUGUAGAUUUGUCCUUGCCUAUCUAUCUGGCGAUGACCAACAUUAUGUGCUUCAUCUGCUUCAACAUUACCUACAAGAAUGGUGAUCCUGAGCUCAAGAUCAUUAAGAAUUACAACAAUGGAAUCAUGGAUACUCUGCGCCAGAACUCUAUGGUAGACAUAUUCCCCAUCCUGAAGGUUUUCCCCAACAAAAACCUGGAAAAGAUGAGAAAAUGUGUUAAAAUGAGAAAUGAAUUCCUGACUGAAAUCAUUGAAAAAUACAAGGAGAACUUUAGCAGCGACUGUAUCACUACCAUGCUGGACGUGCUGAUCCAAGCUCAGAUGAACUCAGACAACAACAAUGCAGAACCAGGCCGGGAUUCAAAGCUGCUUUCAGAUAAACACAUUCUCAUCACCAUCGGGAACAUCUUUGCGGCCGGUGUGGAGACCACCACAUCCAUGUUGCAGUGGAUUGUGGCCUUCCUGCUGCAUUACCCUCAGUUGAAAAGGAAGAUCCAGGAGGAGAUUGAUCAGAAUGUAGGUUUCAGCCGCACACCAACUCUCAGUGACCGCAACCAUCUCCUCCUCCUGGAGGCCACCAUCAGGGAGGUGCUGCGCAUCAGGCCUGCAUCCCCACUGCUUCUGCCCCACAGGGCUGUCGUCAACUCCAGCAUCGGUGGUUAUGCCAUUGACAAGGGCACAGAUGUCAUCAUUAAUAUGUGGGCGCUACAUCAGAGUGAGAAGGAGUGGGACCAGCCUGACAAGUUCAUGCCUGAGCGCUUCUUGGACCCAACAGGGAACCAGCUCAUCUCACCAUCCUUAAGCUACUUGCCCUUUGGAGCGGGACCACGCACAUGUGUAGGGGAGAUGCUGGCCCGCAGGGAGCUCUUCCUCUUCAUGGCCUGGUUACUGCAGAGGUUUGACCUCGAGGUCCCAGACGAUGGACACAUGCCUGCUCUGGAAGGUAUCCCCAAUGUGGUCUUUCUGAUCGAACCUUUCAAAGUGAAGAUCAAGGUCCGAGACGCCUGGAGGGAGGCCCAGGCUGAAGGGAGCCCCCAGAACUAGAACCUGGCACCCGACUCCAGCAGAUAGCACAGAACUAGAGGUGGCCCUCCCCCUCUUUUAACCUCUCCCCUCCCCCAGCCCUGGCAUGAUGUGCAUAAA